AUGAAGACACGAUGCAGUUUAACAGCUAAGGAUAUCAAAAAGAUUUCAAUGGACCAGAAGAGAACAACAAAGCAGAAAAAAGAAGAGAAGAAGGAAAAGAGGAAGAGCUCUCUGGUGAUGUUUCUGAACCACUUUAAACCACAGAUGAGAGAACACGCGAAAACAGAACCAAGUGGCAGUCCAAGGAUCCAAGAAGAAAACGACUUUUUUGAAACGCUGAAGGCGAAAAUGCUGAACGCAACACCUACUGAUGUUGUGAGAGAAUUCAUGAAAAAUGAACCAAAAGGCGAGAACAAAGGAGUCCAAAUCUUUCAUAUUAAAGACUACCCAACACAAAUCAAUAUGUUCAGAGUGAUGGGAGAGUACCACGUGCAAGUUGUGGAUAAAGACCUUUAUGUGGACUCGUUGGAACAAGUGGUGAAAUUACUCUCACUUGUGACGAACAAGACCUUCUCACAACAAAUCCUCUUUUAUCAAGAGAAGUACUCUCCCUUUGAAAUUCUCAGCUGUUUGAUGGAAAAUGUGAUCACUGCGUUGGACGAUAAUUUGAAAAGUAAAAAUGAAGAAGCAAUUCAUUGUAUUAAUAUCUUAAUCGCUUGGCUCGAAGUGAGGGGAACCGUAUUCACUGAUAAUAAACUUCUUUUUUAUGUCAUGGACUUCUACAAAGCCCUCAAAAGCGUCGAAAAGAAAUUUCCAUUUCUGUUAAGUUGUUUGAACGACCUGAACGAAGCCAUUAAAGUCGUGUUUGAGGAAAAUGGAGUCGUCACGUUUGCAAAGAAAAGAAUUGUCGAUGAAAAUCUGUUCAAAUUCCAAGAGGUCUGUGUCUCAGAUAAAGAGUGCAGAGAACGACUGCCUGAACAACUCUCUGGAAUAGAACUGAUGCUUUUAGGAAAAAUUACACCACAUGAGUAUUACUUGUAUUUCAAUGCAACAACACGGCCAGUUUCUUUAGUCAAUCAAUACUCUCAAUGGUCAUGUCUCUUCUCUCGCUGGAUAUCUUAUGAAAUUGUCAGAGUAAAGGAUUUGGAGAAGAGGAAAGUCGCACUAUUGGGGUGUCUCACACUUGCAACAGACUGUUUAAAAUACAAAAACUUUAACUCCGCAAUUUCUAUUCUAAACGGACUCGAACACCAAGCAGUAAGAAGACUUAAUAACACUUGGAAUUUACUUGAAAAGAAAGACUGGAACAUUUUUUGCGAAUUGAAAGAUGUCGUGUUGGAGGAAAAGGCGCAAAACUUUUCCGUCACGUUCAGACCACCUUCGGUGCCAAAUUUCGAACACCAAAUAGAAAUAAUGCAGGAGAUUUACAACUCGCCUGACAUAUACAGAGACGUCGACGGCGAGAAGGUCCAGAUGCUCAACGUUGUGAAAUGUAGUAAAAUUGGAGCGAUCAUCGACUUGCUUGGUGUAUACGCGUCGAAUGUGCCAGAGAAAGAAAACAAACAAAUUGUCGAAUUUUUCACAACGAAAUUGCUGAACCUCCCGUUGAACGACGACAGCCUCUUGGGGCUAUCUUUGUCUGCCGAAAUCCCCAAAUAA